AUGGACCUUUGGAGACCAUCCUUUCUGAGUGCUGAGCUGAUAUUCUUUGCAGUGACAGCCACGGGAUUGCUCAUUAAGCCCCGAGAGGGCAGCGUCGCUGGAGGAACGUGGAUUACUAUUACUCUGGACGGCUCAACAUCCCACCAGCUAGAAUAUGUUUCUUCAGCCAACGUGUCCCAGCUGGAGGUGUCCCUGGUCAACCCAGACCUGCCCAGGUUGCCGUGUGAUGUCUCUCCUCUGUAUUUUGACUUGGCCACUAUAAGAUGCAGAACAAGGUCUUCACCCCAGGAGGGUUUGUACUACGUGGAGGUGACCUUUAAAGGACAUGUGAUCAACAACCUGACUGAGGUGGAGAAAGAAAACUAUACUUUCAAGUUCUCUGCUGCGCAGACACCUGUGGUUUACCAAAUUAGUCCACCAUCUGGCAUCCCAGGAAAUUUAAUAGAGAUUUAUGGGAAGACAAUUGCUGGAAGAUAUGAGACCCUGGACUUCAAUGUGGAUUAUAUUGAUGGGCCAGCUAUCCUUAUGGCGGAAGGAGAUGGAUGGACCAGUCUCUGCUCUUUUGCUGACAGGCGAGCUGGAAGCAUCUACCCUAUUCAGACAGAAGAUGGACUGGGGACGCUGCAGUGCAGGGUGGAAGGGAACCAUAUAGGGUCCCACAAUGUUAGCUUCUCUGUGUUUAACAAAGGAAAGUCAGCAGUACACAAAGGUGCUUGGCUGAUCAGUGCCAAACAGGAGCUUUUCUUGUAUCAAACGCAUUCAGAGAUAGCCUCUGUGUUCCCAGCCAGUGGGAGUCUCGGAGGAGGCACUGAUCUCACUAUCACGGGUGAUUUCUUUGAGGAGCCGCUGCAGGUCACUGCUGCAGGUGUUCCUUGUAAAGUCAAGCACAUCUCUCCCCAACAAAUCAGAUGCACUACUGAGCCUGUCGGCAAGGGCAGGAAGCUUGGUGCCCCCCAGCCAGGAAACAGGGGGCUUCUCUUUGAAGUUUGGGAUGACGCCUCUGAUCUGACAGAAGCAGGUCCUGGAUAUAGAUGGCAGUUCGUACCUAAUGCUAGUUCCCCAGUAAGAUUCCUGUCUGGGUCAAAGGAGUCCUUCAGCUCUAGGCUUCGUGGAUUUUUUGUGGCUCCUCAGACCAACAAUUACACCUUCUGGAUUCAGGCAGAUGGUCAGGUGUCUCUCUACUUAAGUUUGUCCCAAGAUCCAGAACAUAAGGUGAGAAUAGCUUCUCUCCCUACUGGCAAUUCGGAGUGGUCUGAGAACUGGGUGAAGAAUUGGAGUGAGCACUGGCGGCCAAAAUCCCAGAAAUUUCAGCUAACUGCUGGUUCGAGGUACUACCUGGAAGCACUGCAUCAUGGAAAGGCACCUAGCAAUGGAAUGAGAGUUGGAGUCCAGAUACAUAACACGUGGCUGAAUCCCCACGUGGUGAACAACUACUACAUCGAGAGACAUGAAAUUCGGGCUCACGCCUCGCAUCUUCCAGAAGUGCAGAUGUUGACUGUGUCUGGUACAGGGUGUUUCAGUAUCUCAUGGAAUAACAUGUUGCGUAGAACGAUUCCCACAAAUGCUACGGCUCUCCAGGUGCAAACAGCAAUAGAGGAACUUCUUUCAACAGGAUGUGAAACUGAGCCAACUUCUGCUAAAAUCCUUUUCCGCAAUGGCUUUGAGAAAGAAGAUAUGAAGGAUGCCAUUACCACAGGACACAUCACCAGUAGAACAGAACCUUUCUGUGGGAGGUUCAGUGUUCACAGACCAAGCCAGCUGGUGAAAACUUCCUUAUCAACUCUACCAAGAUAUGAUCUUAAUGAAUACACACAUGUGUGUUUUGCACAUAAAGGCCAUAUGAGCAAUACCCUUCAUAUCUUGGUGUCCUACACCAAUGUCUCUUUAUGUUCAGUGAAGAGGAACCUCACCUGCCUAUGGAAUUUCAAUGAAACUGAGUCUAAAAGCUGGACAUUUACGUGCACUGACCUCUGGAAGGGGUGUGUGAAUCUCUCCACACUUCUCCAGGACCUCCCUGCCAAUUCCCCAGUGUUUGUGCAUCAGAUAGACUUGCCGAGCCCUGUGCUGCAAAAGGAAACCUCUGGGUCAUUUUACCUUGAUGAAAUCAUCAUUGCAGACAGAACUGUGACUGUUUCUCAGAGAGAUCCCAAACCACCUCAACCAGGUGGGAGGAUAGUUGAAGCAGUAUCUGUGGUGGGGUCUUCUCCCACUUACAAUGUGUCCUGGAUGGUGUCUGGCUGUGGUGCAAGUCUGCCCCUUCUCUCUCCAAGAGGUGCUUUGCUUGGAGAGGGUUCUAAGGAGUAUGGUUACCUUUAUGUCUCCACGGAGGAUGUGAGAGUCAGCCUCACCGUUCAGAGACUGCAAAAGUCAUCCCCACCUAUUGGAGGGACCUUCCGCAUCCACUUGGCCAAUACAGUGAUAUCAGAUGUUUCAGUGCACAUCUCCUCCAGCCAUCUCCGCAAACUUUUACAAGACAACAUAGAUAACUCUACAGCCCCGUACUUCAACACCAGUGACUUCAUUGUGACCAAAGACUCAAAUUCUUGCUAUGAAAGCAUCUGGACACUGACUUGGAAAACAAAAACUGGGGACUUGCCCAAUGUUAUCAAUGUCUCUGCCGAAAACCUCACUGGUGUGAAGCCAACUGUUUCUAGUCGUGUGGUUUAUGACGGGGGUGUGUUUAUUGGACCAAUAUUUGGGGACAUGCUUGCUACUUUCAAUAACAAAACACAGGUGGUGGUGGUGGUGAAUGAUGUCCUUGCAAACUGUUCUGGUUCAUGCUCUUUCCAGUUCAGCCAGGAGCUGACACCCUUAGUCAGCGAUGUGGAGUAUUCAUCAGAUGAUGGGUCCCAGGCCACAGUAGUUAUCAGGGGAUCUGGCUUCACUGAGGAGAAGUCAGCUCUUCAGGUGAGGGUGAACAACACGACCUGCAGCGUCAUAACGUUGAAUCAAACUGAGGUGGUUUGCCAGAUGGAGAGGCUACCAGUUGGAGCUUAUGAGUUGACACUACUGGUGAGACCUUAUGGCUUCGCACUCAAUGGCAGCACAGGAGAAGGCAUCUUCCUAAGAGCUGAACCAAAGCUGGUAGCUAUCGAACCUCCUACAGCUUCAGAGAUCGGAGGAUUGAGAGUGGCUCUCAGAGGGACCAAUCUGGAAGGAGUAAACUUGGUGUUGUUUGGGUCUCAGCCUUGCCCAAUUUUGGAGGAUGACAGAAAUUCAACAAGAAUUGAAUGUAAAGUUCCCUCUCGGGGGACAGAAGAUGCUGCUGUCCUCAUAACACUAAUUUCUGGGUACCAAUCAACAACAGUAACCAACUUGUUUCAAUAUGAUCCUUCCUUGAACCCUGCUGUUGUAUCACUGAGCAGAAACAGAAGUGGCAUAGCAGGGGGUCAGGAGAUUCAGAUUGGAAUAUCCCAGUUCGCCAGCUAUCGAGGGUCAGAUAUCAAGGUUCAAAUUGGGAGCUCAUUGGCACAGAUCCGGGUGCAGACGGACCAUGGUGUUAAUGUGAUGCUUCCAGCCUUGGCUGAAGGAUGGUACAAUGUUUCUGUCAUCAUCAAUGACAUUGCUGUCACAAACAGGGUUGAGCCGUUAAUCCAGUACCUCUCAGAGAUCUUCAGCAUAGAGCCGUGUUGUGGCUCCUUUCUGGGUGGAACACUGCUCACAAUCUCUGGGGUGGGCUUUAGCCAAAAUCCUGCCCUGGUUUCUGUUUCAAUGAACAGGCAAACCUGUACGGUUAUGCGCUUGGCAGAAGAGACAGUUUGGUGCCUGACCCCACCAGCUGCUAAUUUGUCUAAUGAAGAUUCAGAAGACAUCUCUGUCAGGGUAAACGUUGUCAUCAGCGGUAGGUCACUUCAACAUGCUCUUUUUGCCAAAAGGACCACCACCUUUAAUUACCAAAGAGAUUUGACUCCUCUGGUUACUGUUGUUGAAAUGGAAAUCACAUAUAGCAGCCUGCUUUUGAGCAUCCAAGGGAUAAACAUCACUGGAUCUGUGGCCAAGCUUGGACAUAGUGAGUGUGAACUUGAGUUUCAACGUGGCAACACGUCUGCAAUGUUUUAUCAGUGCUCUUUGCCACUGAACAGCCUGGAACCUGGGACUUUCCCCAUCCGGGUUAUCCAGAGGCAGCUAGGAUAUGCUCGUGUGACAGCAAGGCUGCAGGCCCUUACAAUAACUCCACGGAUAACCUCCAUAUUCCCAUCACAAGGAUCAAUCUGUGGAGGGAUGUUACUCACUAUAUCUGGCAUUGCUUUAAAAUCCAGGAGGAAUUUGGUACAGAUCAGCCUGGAGAGUAAUUAUUCCUGUGAGAUCCAGAACUCUGAUAACGAUGCCAUUAGUUGUAUUGUCCUUCCAGGGGCUCAUCAGUGGCUGGCUGAGGCAUCUUGGGCUCUUAAUGUCACAGUGACUGUCAAUGGGAUCAGCAGUGUCUGCCUCGGAGACUGUACACUCCACCUCCAUGAGCAGUGGACCCCCCUUGUAGAUUUGGUGACCUGGGAGGCCAAUGGAACAUUCACCUAUGUGAUGAUCAAAGGACAGAAGUUGGGAUGGCCAAGUGAUAGCCCCAUGGUACAUGUGGAUAACCAGACUGUCUGCAAGGUAACUUUCUGGAACGAGACCAGCAUCAAGUGCCGGACAGAUUGCAUUGCCCCAGGGGAGCACAACAUUUCCAUAUCCAACAGGAAAAGUGGGCAGGCUUGCUUCAGAAAGGCACCCAGUGUUCUCACCAUCCUGCCUCAGGUGUACCAGUUUUAUCCACGAAACUUCAGUACCAAUGGUGGAGGCUUGCUCACCUUAGCAGGCUCAGCACUGAAAGGAAAGAGAAUGACUUCUGUUCUCAUUGAUUAUCAACCUUGCCUCAUUCUCAGUAUCACCUGUGUAGCUAUCCAGUGCACAGUGCCUCCAGGUAAUGGGACUAGGACUUUGAGUCUAAAAGUAGAUGGCAUCUCCUAUUACCUUGGAAGAAUAAGUUACAAUAAGGAGUUUGCCCCAGCUUUCCUUUCACUUGUUGCAACUGGUCCCCUUUUAACGGUGACAAUAUCACGAGUCACAGAGAUGGACACCAUCUAUGUAUUUGUUGGAGACUUUGCUUGUAGUGGUGUCACCAUCACUCACUCUACUUUGCACUGCUCAGCUCCGCUGCUCCCUGUUGGUGAGUACCCUGUGCAGGGCCUGGAUGUCCCCAGGGGCUGGGCUUCCUCCAACCUGACGUUCACCUCUCCGCUGAUGGUGACAGCUGUGCAUCGCAACUGGGGUGGCUUGCAUGGAGGAGCAGUCUACCUGCAUGGAACUGGGUUUUCCCCAGAGAAAACUUUGGUCACAGUCUGUGGCACCAACUGUGGACUGUUCGGCAACAUGACGAUGACUGACCUGAGCUGCCUUGCCCCACGCUUACAUGCUUCUUUGGCCAUUCUCUGUGGCCUGACACAUUCUUCCGUCGACUGCCGAGAAGACAGAGCCACCUUCAUUGAAUGUGAUGUCCAAGUCACGGUGGGUUCCCAUCACCAAAGAGAAUCUGUGUCUUACUUGUACGUCUGUGAGGACAGACCACCACAGUGGCACCAGAGGGACAUCAACCCGCCCCAGAGGUAUUUUGCUGGACUCUUUGCCAGCCCUAAAGUGGAAAGAGAUGAAGUUCUCAUCUAUAAUAGCUCCUGUAACAUUACCAUGGAAACUGAGGCAGAGAUGGAGUGUGAGGGAGCUAAUCAGCCAAUUACCGCCAAGAUUACUGAGAUAUGGAAAAACUGGGGCCAGAACACUCAGCUUGCCCUCCAGUUCUGUGGCCAUUGGGAGGAGGACUCCAGCUGGCCUGCUGGCCACCAGCCACGAGAUGGCGAUAACGUCACGAUAGAAGAAGGCCGGACCCUGCUGCUGGGGACCACCACCACCAACCUCAACCUACUGCAUCUCAAAGGUGGCAAACUCUUGUUCACUGGUCCAGGACCUGUAGAACUACAUGCUCAUUACAUUCUGGUAUCUGAUGGAGGAGAGCUCCGGGUGGGAUCCCCAGAGGCCCCUUUCCAUCACAAAGCACACAUCUAUCUCUAUGGAAGCCACCAUUCUCCACCAUUAUUUCCAUAUGGGGUCAAGUUCCUGGCAGUGAGGAAUGGGACCCUUUCCAUUCAUGGCUGGAUGCCGAAAGUAGCUUUCACACACUUGAAAUUGUCAGCUUAUGCUAAUGACACACGAGUAGUGCUCCAGCAACCUGUUGACUGGCAACCUGGUGAUGAAAUCGUGGUGGGAAGGACAGGACUUGGAGAUGCACAGCAGCAAGAGGAAACAGCUGUUAUUGAGUCUGUGAACAACACAGAGCUGUACCUUAGAUCACCUCUCAGGUACUCCCACAGUGUUGGAGAGGGAUGGGUGAAUGGCCGAGGCCUGCCUUUGAGUGCUGUGGUGGCACUUAUUAGCCGAAGGGUUGUUGUUCAAGGAAAUGUCACGAUGGAGAGGAUGUCACACCUCAGAGAGUGUGUAAAAGCAGGUGUUACAAGAGGUGGAUCCAAGUGUCUGUACAAGCGAAGUGAGAGGCAGCUGGGGUCUCGGGACCUGGGGGCCAUCGUGGUUGUGGAGGCCUUCCAGGGAGAGGCGAGUCGGCUUUGGGUGGAGGGAGUCCAAUUCCGCCACAUGGGCCAAGCGUUUCGGCAGCACUGCAGUGCCCUGACUGUUGCUGGCAAUGCAUGGAUGGCAGACUCUUACAUACGUGGCUGUUGUGUUUUGGACUCCUUUGGCCAAGGACUCCGUCUGACCGGGAUCUCAAACCUUAGUGUGGAGGGUAAUGUUUUCCAUAACAUUUCAGGCCAUGGGCUUCUAUUGGGAGGGGGACUGGAAGAGGGAAACAAAGUCAGUAAUAACAUAGUGAUUGGCCUUUCUGGAACAGAUGGUUUAUCCAAUAUUGAGACACUAUCACCAGCAGGGAUCUACAUCAGGGCUCCUGCCAACCACAUCAAGGGUAACACAGUGUGUGCGGCUGGGUACGGCUAUUUCUUACAUCUGUCCCCUGAGGGACCAUCCAAAAUGCCUCUCCUGUCCUUCAGUGAGAACAUAGCUCAUUCCUGCACAAGGUAUGGGUUGCUGGUGUACCCGGAAUAUUUGCCAGACAGCCCAAACAGAUCUGUUCAACUCCACAACUUUACAGUUUGGAGCAGCCAAGGUGGAGCACAGAUUUUUAGUAGCAGCAACCUCGAACUGCAACGUUUCUGGAUUUAUGCUUGCAAAGACUUUGGCAUUGAUGUCAUAGAAAGCCUGGGAAACACUUCUGUAGCUGAUAGUGUUUUAAUUGGACACACUGGGCAAAAGGGUGGGACCUGUAUGUCAGCAGGACUAAAAACUCCCAAAAGAUAUCAGCUAUUCAUCUCCAACACUGCUUUCAGGAACUUUGAUAUGAACACUUGCACAGCGAUCAGGACCUGUUCUGGCUGUUACCAAGGGCAGGGUGGGUUUACAGUGAGAGCUGAACGUCUGACCUUCAUCAACUCGCCUUUCCAAGUGUCCUUCCCCUUUCCUCACUCUGCCAUCCUUGAGGAUCUCGAUGGCUCUGUCACGGGGCAGAAAGGGAGUCACCUCCUCCCUCCCACAGACAUCCUUGUGGCUUCUUGCACAGUCAGUGCCAACUUCAGGCAAGCUGCCGGUGGCAGUGUUUGUGGCAGCGACCUUGUUUUCCACCGUAUGUCUCUUCAUUUAAAAGAGGCUCCAGACUUUCCCUAUAACUUAACUGUGACUGACAGUAGGAAUAAGACAACCACAGUCAAUUAUGUCCCUGAUACUUUGUCAAACCUGUAUGGCUGGAUGGUUCUCCUCUUGGAUAAAGAGACUUAUGCGUUGACAUUUGACAACCCUUUGGCAAACAGACAGCUCCAGUAUUCAGUGACAUUCAGCAACUUCAUGACUGGGAAUUACUUGCUGGUGGAACACAGGGAUCUUGACGCCCAUCCUGAGGUUGUGGUGUCCUGUGGAACAAGGACUGGACGGCCACUCCAAUCGCUACCGUCCUACGGACAUCAUAGGAGCUGUGACUGGUAUCUUAACAGCAGACUGAGGAAGCUAACCUAUUUGGUCACAGGAGCUGAGUUAAUUCAGGUCACACUGAAAGAGAAGGAAAGAGUGGCUUUGCCUGCCCCAGUUCCUUCCAAUGCUGUCUUGAAAUGGUCACACCCAGGGACAUGGAAUGAUGUGGAAAAAGGCUGGGGUGGAUCCAACGGCAGCAUCCCAGGCCCUGGAGAAGACGUCAUCAUCUUACCUAACCGGACCAUCCUGGUGGAUAUGGCUCUUCCCCCUCUAAGAGGUCUUUACAUCCUGGGGACCCUCGAGUUCCCCAGCAACUCCAGCAAUGUCCUGAGUGCAGCCUGUAUUGUGGUGGUGGGGGGUACGCUGAAAGUGGGUUCUUUUCAACAUCCCCUAGAAAGGGAUUUAAAGCUGCUGGUCCUCCUUCGGGCAUCUGAAGGGAUUUACUGUGAUCGUCUGGAGGAAAUAAAUGUCCACCCAGGGAGCAUUGGGGUUUAUGGACAGGUGCAAAUUUAUAGUGCUUAUCCUAAGACAUCUUGGACACAUCUGGGAACUAAUGUUGCUCCCGGCAAUGAAAG